AUGCAACGCUCAUCAUACCGAUCAACUGUUCUAUCAAAUGAAAACUUCAGCCGAGAUAUGCACCGAGCAGUCGAGGCCUCACCCAAACCCAAAUACUCCAAUCUAGACCGCCGGUUCAACUCGGAACAUCAACCCCCUCCACCACCACCAUCUCCAGUGGCCUGGAACCGCAACAAAUCCGAUCGAGUUUGA